AUGGAGUUUGAUUUUCCUUAUGUGGAGCUGCUAAGAAUCCUCUCCUAUCUGGUUGGCAUCAGUUUGCUACAGGCUGCCCAAGUGAACAAGGACUGGAAUGCAAUUGCAAGCAGUGACAUCCUGUGGAAGAAGCUGUGUGUGAAGAGAUGGCACUUCUGUGAGGACGUCACCCCGCAGCUCCUGGGCACAAAGACAUGGAAGCAGUUCUCUCAUUAUAAAAUAUGGCAAGAACACACUAAGCGCUGGGCAAAGCCAGAAGAUUUCACUUACAAGGAAAUUUAUACGGAGAUAACAGGAUCUGUGGGACCAUCUGUGGAUAGGAAGAAGCAGGUCCAGUAG